CAUUUUCUUCCUUCACAGAAGAAGAGAGAAUCAAUCAAAUCGAAUCACCAUGGCUUUAGCUUGGUGCGUUGUACGCAGGUCAGCAUCUAAGUUUGCUUCCGUUUAUGGUGGUCGAGUCCGAUCUAUCUCCGCCGUUGUGAACCGCGCGUCUCUAGCUCGCAACCCAUCUCCGGUUCGUCCAUUUGUCUCUCGCGGCUUUAAUUACUCGACGGCUAUUGAUCGAAUGAGCUCCGAGCAAUCGCUUAUCCGAGUUAUCGACUCCGAGAUCAAUUCUGCUUCGCAAACCGAUAAUAUCGAUUUGGAUGAAGAGAUGACUCCAGGAAGCUUUCCUUUUAGAAUUGAAGACAAUCCUGGACAUCAGAAUGUAACAUUGACUAGAGACUACAAUGGGGAACAUAUUAAAGUUGUAGUUAGCAUGCCUAGUCUUGUUUCAGAUGAAAAUGAUGAUGAUGCUGAUGAUGAUGAAGGUCCUAGUAAUGAAUCAAGUAUUCCACUAGUUGUGACUGUUACCAAGAAGAGUGGACUCAGCCUAGAGUUUAGCUGUAUGGCUUUUCCUGAUGAGAUUGCUAUAGAUGCUUUAACUGUGAAACAUCCUGGGGAUUCUUUGGAGGAUCAAAUGGCCAAUGAAGGGCCUGAUUUCGAAGACUUGGACGAGAAUCUAAAGAAGACGUUCUACAAGUUUUUGGAGAUCAGAGGUGUGAAAGCUAGCACGACGAACUUCCUGCACGAGUACAUGAUGAGGAAAGUGAACCGAGAGUACUUGUUAUGGUUGAAGAAUGUUAAGGAGUUUAUGGAAGAAUGAAUGUAAGGUCGUUAGCUAAGUACCUAAGAAUGAGAUUGUGAAGUCUCUUAUUAUUAGCAUUGUUAGCAUUCAAAUGUAGCACAAUCUUUGAGAAUUACUGGUAAUGAAUUUUCUGUUCUGAU